UCCAGUCAAAUUCAUCGGAAAGUUCAUCGCCCUUGUGGAAACCCCCAAAGGACGCAUGACCACUGCGACGUUUUACGUUGUACGACCAAGACAUUGCAACAACAACAGCAGCUCUAACCUUAUUUCAUUGCAAACUGCCCAAGAUUUAGGCCUUGUAAGCCUACAUCUGAACAAAAUUACUAUCAGCGACACUGAUUUGAAUAAUCUUUUAAACAAACAUAGCAAAGUUUUUGAUGGCCUAGGAUGCUUGCAUGGAGAACCAGUCAAACUGAGUAUUAAUGACAAACACCAACCUAAAGCACAGCCAGUCCGUCGAAUUCCGUACCACAUGAGGAAAAAAGUAGAAGCUGCCCUACAAGAUUUGGAAGAGGAAGGCAUAAUAGAGCGAAUUCCUGAACAUGAGGGUACUCCCUGGGUAUCCCCUAUUGUUGCCGUCCCCAAAAAGGAUGGAAAAGUGCGGAUAUGUGUUGACAUGCGCCUUGCAAAUGAAGCCAUAGAGAGGGUUAGACACCCUAUACCGACAGUCGAUGAUGUUCGAUUUGAGCUAAAUGGAGCAAAGUUUUUUACAAAACUGGAUUUGCAGCAGGCUUACCAUCAAUUGCCACUUCAUGAGAGCAGUCGAUCUAUCACCACAUUCAACACACAUGUUGGCCUUUUCCGUUAUCAACGACUGGCCUAUGGCAUAAAUGCUUCAGCAGAAAUAUUUCAGUAUGCUCUACAAACCCAGUUACAAGGACUUAAUGGCGUAAAAAACAUCGCUGACGACAUCCUAGUUUAUGGAAAAACCCGUGCUGAGCAUGAUGCAAAUUUGGAAAAGUGUUUACAACGCCUUGAAAACAGAGGACUAACACUCAAUUAUGGAAAGUGUAAAUUUUUGAGCACCACACUUGAAUUCUUUGGCCAAAUUUUUAGUAAGGAUGGCACUUGUCCAGAUCCAAAACACAUAAAGGAUGUUGUGGAUGCCCCUGUACCAAAAAAUGUUCAUGAAGUACGCAGCUUACUAGGCAUGGCAAAUUACAGCAGCCGCUACAUUGCAAAUUUUGCUACACUUACAGCACCUCUACGCGACUUGACAAAGAAGAAUGCUCAAUUUCAGUGGACUGAUGCUCAUCAAUUAGCUUUUAUUCAACUUAAGGAUGCACUUACGUCAGCACCCUGUAUGGCCUACUUUGACAAGGAUAAAGAAACUUCAUUACUUGUCGAUGCAAGCCCAGUUGGAAUUUCUGCAAUCCUAUCGCAGAAGCCAAGAAAUUCCACUCAAGCUCCACAAGUCGUCGCAUAUGCAAGCCGCUCGUUAACUGCAGUUGAGCAGCGUUAUUCACAAACCGAAAAAGAAGCAUUGGCCAUUGUAUGGUCCAUCGAACAUUUUCAUCUGUUUUUGUAUGGAGCAGAAUUUACCUUAAUCACUGAUCACAAGCCCUUAGAAAUUAUUUAUGGUCGCAAGAACUCACGACCAUCUGCACGCAUAGAGAGAUGGGUAUUACGACUUCAGUCUUACUCAUUUAAAGUUAUCUACAAGUCUGGAGCUGACAAUCCUGCAGACUUUCUAUCCAGACACCCUUCACAUGUCGCUAUUGACUGUCAUCAUGACACAGAAGAGUACAUCAACUUCAUAGUGAGCAACAGUGUUCCAAAAGCGAUGACACUUAAGGAGAUAUCCGAUGCUACUAAUGAAGACAGAGUUCUAAAGGGACUUCGUGCAGCCAUUCGUUCCAAUCGCUGGAACACUGACAAUGUUGAAAAAUAUCGACCAUUUAAAGAUGAACUCGUCAUAAGUACAAACAACAUUAUAUUGAGAGGAUCAAGGAUAAUACUUCCAGAAAGUCUACAGAAGCGAGCGAUUGACAUUGCCCACGAAACACACCAAGGCUUAUCAAGAACCAAAGCGCUACUACGAGAAAAGGUAUGGUUUUUCGGGAUAGAGGAACUUGUUAAAAAAACGAUAGAUUCCUGUCUUGCAUGCCAAACUGUGAGUCGAUCAUCUCCACCAGAACCAAUUCAACCGUCUGCUAUGCCAGAAGAACCAUGGCACACAGUACAUGUUGAUUUCUAUGGACCACUGCCAUCUAAUGAUUAUCUACUUGUCGUAAUCGAUCGUUACUCACGUUAUCCUGAAGUAGAGGUUAUUCGUUCAACGAAAGCCUCUGCUGUGAUUCCAAAACUUGACAAAAUAUUUGCUACCCACGGUAUUCCACUAAUAUUAAAGUCGGACAAUGGCCCACUGUUUAGCAGUGAUGAAUUUGCCAGAUACCUGAAAGCAUUAGGAAUUACACACAAUCCUGUUACACCCUGCUGGCCCCAGGCCAACGGUGUUGUUGAACGCUUUAAUCAGCCUUUGAGUAAGACACUCCAAACAGCAGUUGUGGAAGGGAGGAUAUGGAGGCAAGAGCUUAAUCGAUUCUUGCUGCAGUAUCGCACCACUCCACACACUGUCACAAAGGUUGCACCAUGCGAGUUAUUGUUCAAUCGGAAGGUACAUGGAAAACUUCCCAUUAUUGACAACAAAUUGGUGAUAGACAGACACAAAGAAGCCAGGGAAAACGAAGAAAAGAGCCAAAAUUACCAUAAACAGUAUGCAGACAACAGAAGAAAUGCUACAAAAAGCACGAUUAUAGUUGGCGAUACAGUAAUUGUCAAACAACAACGAAGAAACAAGCUGUCUACACGGUUUAAUGAAACUCCAUAUACCGUUAUCAGCAGAAAAGGCACUCGUGUAGUUGCAGAAAAUGGUAAAGGACAUCGAAUUACCAGAAACGUGUCACAUUUCAAGAAGUUCAAUGCAGACAAAGUUAAUCUUGCAGAUGAAAGAAGUACAGAUUCAGAAGAUGAAGAAUACAGAUCAAGAACAGGAAAUAAUGAUGGCAAAGAGAAAGAGCAAGUGCAGGAAAAUGAAGCCCAACAAGAAAGGCCAAGAAGACAACGACGUCCACCAGUAAGGUUUGGUUAUCCAAUUCCUUCACAGCUGGUAAAAUGAACAUUAACAAACAAUUUUCUUGAUUGACAUUUACGUUCUAAUUUGUUUACAUACAUAUUUACUCUUUUAAAAAAGGGGAGGUGAUGUUAUAAUGUACUUAUUUACUGUACUAUGCCCCUUAUAAUAAUGUACUCAUAUACGCCCAUGUAACCGUUUACUUAAUUUGGAUUGAAUUGAAUGAUGAGUUAGUUGCUGAUGUGUUCUGUUGCAGUUGAGUUAAAAGUAUAAAGAGAGUUUUUAUCUUACAGCCUCCUGCGGUAAUCUA